CUGACCAUGACCAAGUCGUACAGCGAGAGCGGGCUGAUGGGCGAGCCCCAGCCCCAGGGGCCCCCGAGCUGGACGGACGAGUGCCUCAGCUCCCAGGACGAGGAGCACGAGGUGGACAAGAAGGAGGAGGACCUGGAGCGUCUGCACGCCGAGGCCGAGGAGGACUCGCUGCGGAACGGCGAGGAGGAGGACGAGGAGGACGACUUGGACGAAGAGGAGGAAGAAGAGGAGGAGGAGGAGGACGACGACCAGAAGCCCAAGAGGCGGGGCCCCAAGAAGAAGAAGAUGACCAAGGCGCGCAUGGAGCGGUUCAAGCUGCGGCGCAUGAAGGCGAACGCCCGGGAGCGCAACCGCAUGCACGGCCUGAACGCGGCCCUGGACAACCUGCGGAAGGUGGUGCCCUGCUACUCCAAGACGCAGAAGCUCUCCAAGAUCGAGACCCUGCGCCUGGCCAAGAACUACAUCUGGGCCCUCUCCGAGAUCCUGCGCUCGGGCAAGAGCCCCGACCUGGUCUCCUUCGUGCAGACCCUCUGCAAGGGCCUGUCGCAGCCCACCACCAACCUGGUGGCCGGCUGCCUGCAGCUCAACCCGCGGACUUUCCUCCCCGAGCAGAGCCAGGAGGUGCCGCCCCACGUGGCGGCGGCGGCGGGCGCGCCCUUCCCGGCCCACCCCUACCCCUACCAGUCGCCCGGUCUGCCCAGCCCGCCCUACGGCACCAUGGACAGCUCCCACCUCUUCCACCUCAAGCCGCCGCACGCCUACGGCGCCGCGCUCGAGCCCUUCUUCGAGAGCGGCCUGGCGGAGGGCGCCAGCCCCGCCUUCGACGGGCCGCUCAGCCCGCCCCUCAGCGUCAACGGCAACUUCUCCUUCAAGCACGAGCCGGCCGCCGACUUCGACAAGAGCUACGCCUUCACCAUGCACUACCCCGCCGCCGCCGCGCUGGCCGCCGCGCCCGCCCACGCCGCCAUCUUCCCGGCCCCCGCCUCCCGCUGCGAGAUCCCGGUCGACGGCCUGGCGCCCUACGAGGGCCACCCCCACCACGAGCGGGUGCUCAGCGCCCAGCUCAACGCCAUCUUCCACGACUGA